CCAGGCAAUAAAAUGAAUAAACACCAAUCAAAACAUGUCCUAACAUUAUGUUCGUAACUGCUGUGCGUGUUUGACAACACUGUCAACAGUUAUCUAUAGUUCCUGAAAUGCCUCCCAAAAAGAAGAAGGGGAAGGGGAAAGGCAAAAAGAAAAAGAAGGAUGAUCCCAUGGCAAUGGAGCUUGAUGACAAGUACAAGAAGACUGUACAUGAAAUUGAAGCUUUAAAGGACCAGUUAGCUGUAAGGAAAGAAUUAGCUCGUCGUGGACAAGGGGAUGGCGAUGCUAUGAAAGCAAAGAUGAAUGAAACCAUGAUGGAAUUAGAGAAACACAAAAAUGAUCAAAAAGACAUUACUGCUGACAUGACAAGACAGUACAAGUACAUGAUGACAGGGCUCCAGUUAAAACUUCAUCAGAUGGAAAGAGACUAUCAGAUAACACAGAAAGCUCUCAGAGAUACAGAACAGAAACUUAAAGAAACAGAAGAAGAAAGAGACCAGAUAAUAAAAGACAAAGAUGAAAAAAUUGAUGAAUUGAACAAAGAAAUACGCAAAAUGGAAAAGGAUUAUAAAAGAAUACUUGAUGAUGCUUUAAAUAAACUGAUAGACAAGUUAGAAGAAGAGAAAGAUAAAUGGGAAAAGAAAGCAACAAUGCUACAAACUGAAAAUGUCAAUAAUUUACGGGAAUUUGGUCUGACGGACCAGUGGACAUUCCACAGUGUUAAACCAAUGAGAGGCUACAGUGGACCCACAAAAGGAUUCUAACUGAUAGAGACUAAAGUAGUUAUGGCUUCAUAUACCAACUAUAGCUAGAAAAUCUUGGGAGAAUAAAUAUAAUAAUGGAUUCUGACUGAUAGAUAUUAUAGAUUUAAUUACAUUAAAAGGCACACUGACAAGCUAAGAAUAUAUAUUUAUAUAUAUAUUUACUAUUGUAAUAUAAAUUUCUUUCAAAUAUUUUACAUAAUUUCUAAUAAUUUUUUAUUCAAAUCUCUUUAUAACAUAUGAUUUAAUUAAAGAAAUAGUUUUAAUAUCCUUUGUUAAAGUAGCAUUUAUAUGUUUGACUGUGAUAUAAUUGUUUAUUUACAUUAAAUGGUUUUUCUAUACUAUUAAAAUGUUUGUAUUUA